CAUUGGAUCCACAUUCAAGAAGACUACGGCUUUUCCACAACCUCACUACAUCACUAUAAAGUGCCAAGGCCUUAAGACUUGGGUCUCCAUCCGCUUGGCCAAUCAGAGGUUUUCAGGCUGGAGUGGAAAAUGGUCCCUGUGUAUAUGCCAUUUUUCCUGGGUCCAUGGGAAGCAUGACUCCAUUGGAACUUGGCAGAAGAAAAAAAUAAGACAUCUUCACAAAGAAAACCAGACACUAGAAAAGUGUGGCCAAACCCUGAAGAGACAGAAACAUGACUGACAGUGGACUUAGGGACACUCCAGAGGACUCUCAAAAGGAUUUUGAAAAUGAUUCAUCAAUAAAUUCUCAGGCACCAGAGAUUACAGUCACAUCAAGUAAUAUUGAAGAUGAGACUCAACAACCUGUCUCUAAUCUUAAUGAAGACUUCCAAGAAGUAGAGGAUUUAAAAGCCUUUGAGGAAAAAAGCUUAGCAAGUGCUCAGGCCCCAAGUUCAAGCCCCAGGACUGGCACAGAUACAGGUGAUAAAUCAGCAAGCCCAGAUGAAACCAAUUUUAGGAAACAUCCAGAAGAUAAAACAGAGCAUGAGAACAACCCAAGUUUUCAAGAUGGAGAACAAGAGGAUCACCUCCCUUCAAAACGUCUGAGUGAAGAACACUUGGAUCUAGAUCCUAGCCAUUCUCCAGGAGAUGAGAUAGGAAGAGUGGAUGUGCACUCAAGAGGCAGCUCUGCAGACCUGCCUGUGGGGGCAAGUGGCGGAAACAGAGCUUCUCAGGAGCCACCUGCAGGUGCCUUGGGGGGCCAGAGUCUUGUACAUUUCAGUACAGGACCAGAAAGCCAGGAUUUACUAAGGAGGCGAUUGCCUGUGUCAGAGAUUGGAAGUCAGGAAGAAGAAAUACAUACAGCAGAAGAAAAUCAGAAGAUUACAGAAGAUUCCAAAAGAAAAACUGAUAAAAAGAGUUCAUGUAACUAUGGUCCCAUAGUUUUUGGCUGCAUCAUUGGGGCAUUUGUGCUAACUUCUGUUGUUAAUAGCUACUAUUCUUCUCCAGCCCAACAAGUGCCCCAAAAUCCAGCGCUAGAAGCCUUCCUGGCUCAGUUUGGCCAAUUGAAGGAUAAAUUUCCAGGCCAGAGUUCCUUCCUGUGGCAGCGAGGACGUAAGUUCCUCCAGAAGCACCUCAAUGCUUCAAAUCCCUCGGAGCCAGCAACCAUCAUAUUUACAGCAGCUCGAGAGGGAAGAGAGACCCUGAAGUGCCUAAGCCACCAUGUUGCCGAUGCCUAUACCUCUUCCCAGAAAGUCUCUGCCAUUAUGAUUGAUGGGGCUGAGAGAGCCUUGCAAGACAGUGACACCGUCAAGCUGUUCGUUGACUUGGAGCUGAGCUAUGGAUUUGAGAAGGGCAAGAAGGCUGCUGUGGUACACCACUUCGAGUCCCUUCCUGCAGGCUCCACUUUGAUCUUCUACAAGUACUGUGAUCAUGAGAAUGCUGCCUUUAAAGAUGUGGCCCUUGUCCUCACUGUGCUUCUGGAGGAGGACACAUUAGAGGCAAAUGUAGGCCCAAGGGAAACGGAAGAAAAAGUGAGGGAUUUACUUUGGGCCAAAUUUACCAACUCUGCCACUCCCAGCUCCUUCAACCACAUGGACUCAGACAAAUUGAGUGGGCUGUGGAGCCGUAUUUCACACCUGGUGCUGCCCGUCCAGCCUGUGAAGAACAUAGAAGAACAUGGGUGCCUUCUAGAAAGCCAAGCACAAGGCUGGUCCCAGAAGAAAGACAACCUGGGAUUUUGAAAAAGCCACUUAAAAGGUCUUCCAUUUCUGUGGCAGGAGGUUGAUAAAUGAGGGGGAAUAGCCUGAAAAGGUACUUGUGAGCUUACUUUGGAAAAGAUGCUGUCAUUUUUCUAUCAAAAUCUUCAAUGAGACCAAACGUGGAUGUAACCUUUUCUUUGCCUUUUCAAGCAGAUCAUUUAGAACAUAGCAAUGGUAUUUAACACUGAGGAAAAAAAAUUUUAAAAUCCCAAAACACAAUAGCAUAAUCAUUGCACAAGAAGUUAUACUUCUAGAGAACGAUUUUUGUUUUCUUAUAUGUCAUUCUCAAGAGCCUUUUGAAUAACAUUUGGACUUGAACUAAAUUAGUUAGAAAGCUAUGAUAAUUUGUAGGAAACUUAUCUAGCAUAUAUUGAAUAUUUUAUAACCUGUAAUUGUGGGAUUAUAUGUUAUACUAAUUUGCACUUUUUAGUAUAGAAAAUUCAACACAGUAGAACCUUAGCUAGAUACUUGCUGUAUGUAAGGCACUAUAUGCUUUCAUUCCAUUAGUGACCUGAGGCAAAAAAGUUCUUAAAUAUUGGAAUCAUGGAGAAAUUGUAAUGAUUGGAAAAGAAGAAAUCCCAGUGGUCUGGAUCUUUACUUCAGCUUUCUUGAUUAUUUAAAGCAAAGAUUUUCAAACUCUUUACCAUCCUCUCUCCCCUGUGUAUCAGAGGAGUCUGCUUUUCAGUUUUUAUAUUGGGAUUCUCUAAGAUUUCAUGGGAACAGAGAGUUUCACUAAUAAUGACUAAGUUUGAAACCAUUGAUUAGGUGAAAAAAUAUCUUAGAGAUAGGAAAUCAG